GUUGUUGGCGCAAUGGUUACGCUGCGUGCGUCUCUCUCUCAAGGGCAAAGGAAAUGAGGAAAGCGUUCACAACAACAAAUGAAUCGUGCUACCUCUCCUCUCCUGUGUGUGUGAAAGCGUGAGUGUGCUCUGCUGCCAUGUCAGUGCAGGAUGUUAUUCUCGGUUUAUUUAUAAGAGGAUAAAAAACGCGAAGAUGCGCCCGGAGGGGAAACGUCACAUUUUCAGUGGGAGCGACAGUGUGGAGAGCCUGUGACCGAGCCGGGGAGAGGAAUAUGCUGCACUGUGACUACGCACGUCCGCAAGCUUCGGAUCACAAGCGGAGAAACGUCCUAUAGUUGGAUGAUGUGAAUUUCUUUUUAUGCAGGAAUAUAAAAAAAAAACAUUUAUGGUCACACCACGUUUCCGCGGGAGAACCUGGAUGAGUCACGCUACCACGGAACCUCAGACCACUUUGACGGGAUCAGGACCAGAAACACCGACUGUGUCCUAAAUAGAAGAAAGAAAGAGAAGCAUCACUCAAAGUUUAUACAACUGUCACCAGGGAUUUCGGGUCACAGUGCCACGGUUAGACCUUGUCUGUCUUCGUAGAAACUCCUGGAUGGAUGGAUGGAUGGGCCUUUAUGCCUUUGAAGAUUAUAAGAAUUAUAAUUAAGAGUUCAGCUUGUGAACUGUCUCCUGGUGCUUUUUAAUAAAGUUGAUAUUUCAGAAUUGAAGAUGUCCGCCACCGUGGGAAGUUUUCCAACGAGGGAGCCUGGAGAAUGAAAGCGGCAUUUGUGCGUCUUUAACUGGACACUGAGCCCAUUUGGAGACGAACGGAUCUUGAUUUUCUCUUCCUCCUCCUCUUCUUCUUCUCCUUUUUUUAUUUUUUGGAUUAGUCCAAAAACAUUUUUGCUUGCCCCUUGGACUCCUGCACAAUGGGGAUUAUGCUUCAAGUUAUUCUAGGAAUGUUUCAGUUCCUGCUGCUCACCAGAAUACCCACGUCUCAUGCCAAGCUCGCUCACUGGCGGCCCGCAGACGCCCCCAAAUCAAGAGAAGGUCGCGAAGUGCGACGGUGGUUGGAGGUUUAUUCAAGAAGUGGGUGCGAGCCUCGGGACACUUUGGUGGAAGUUUGGCGGGAGUUGCCGGAGGAAACCCACAACCUCUUCGUCCCCUCCUGUGUGUCCGUGAGGCGCUGUGGUGGCUGCUGUUCCGACGAGGCCCUGGAGUGUGUGCCUUCGCUCACUCACACGCUCACCAUGGAGCUGAUGAGGACCUCCUUCAUGAAACAUGAGAUCAUCGAGCUGCCCUUUGUCGAGCACAGCCAGUGUGAGUGCAGAUUAAAAGAACAAUUCCAACCAAAACCUACUACAAGGUUGCUUUUGAAGCCGACAAGAAAUGAGAAGAAGAAGGAGAGGGGGAAGUCCAGACAGAAGACAGGUGGAUCCACCAGCGCUGCGACCCAUGUUCCCCCAAGUCUUUCUCCAACAAGCCCUUCUCCCACCACCGUCUCUUCCUCUCCUUCUCCAUCCCCGAAGCCUUGUCAUCACUCGUGCAAAGGAAGGAAGUGGACGUUGGACGCAGAGUCGUGUCAGUGCCGCUGCACCAUUCGCGCUGAGAGCUGCAGCCAGAAAGGCCGGAGGCUCAACCCUCACCGCUGCAGGUGUGAAACCAUGAGGACUUGAUGUGUCUGUCCACCCUCAUUUCACCCCCCUUUACUCCACCUCACCCUGCUGAUUCAUUGUCCACUCUCAGCAUCACUGCUGCCAUGGAGCAUACAGACCCCUGGACAUCUAGUAUGUCACGCUGAAGGAAAAACAUUAUUAGCAGUAGCACACUCAAAAAGCAGUAGCAGCAUUCAAGUAAAGCAACACAUGCAGCAUUACAGCCUUUAUACACUGUAGAUCUGUGUGUGUGUGUGUGUGUGUGUGUGUAAGUGUGUGUGUGUGCAGCCAAACAUCUUGUCACCUGCUCGCUCUCUGCUAUGGAGCUGCCUCCAUCAGUCCAUGUGUGCAUGUAUGUCACAGAGCUCAUCCCAUGAGUGGAAGAUAAAGUGGCAGAAACAUUACGACUUUGAAAGACAUGGGGGGGGGAAUAAGAAAACGUCUUCCUGUGGCUUCGGAGCUGUGGAUGAACCUGAGACGAGGAGGAACACCAGAGAAGAAGUGGACUGGUCUUGUAUGAGCAUCCAUGCACGACUGUGAGUUGCUGCUCACACGGAAACAGCACAUUGAAAAACCACUGGGAACAGACUAUUGGUGAACACACACAUAUACACAUACCAGAGGAACACAGGACAUGAUCAUGAACUGGCUCCCCAGUGUGCAGUGGACGUAUAGCUGAGCCGAACACAGGGAUGGAGUGUAUCUGUGUGGUCUCCCUGUGAAAGACCCAGAUGGGUUAUCCCUGCAGCCGUUCUUUCUCAUUCAAAGAGUGGCUCUCUGAGCUGCUUUCUGGCAUUUGUUUAAUUUUGGCCUUUUGUCUCCAUCUUUUUUCCUCGGCACCUCGAUUGAAAGCAGCCGCUUUGCCUCCCUCUCGCCUCUCUUUUAGGCAGUGAGGAGAAUGACAAUAAUGAGGACCUGGCGGCUGUCCACCACUUCACACACAAACAUUCACACUUAUAAUACGAGGAACACAGACAUCACUGCAAAUGCAGACACACAUUCACUCUGUGCUAUUGCAGGCACACACACAUAUAUA